AUGCGUGCUGCAUCAUAUUCGACGCUUUCCGCCUAUCACACUUUCAACUCAUUAAUCUUAGUUCUUUUGGGGUUGAUCAUUGCUCAAUGUUUAUGUUUUCCAACGCUUGGAGAAAUCCUAGAGACCCAUCCUGACGACCUUCCAGAGUUCGAAAAGCGCUUAAAGUCGGAGAUGUGGCAAAACAGUUUUAGUUCUGUCCAAGAAUUGGGUCGUUCCAUAUGUGGCGAGCGCGCUGGCUCCCAUGGAGGUCAAAGUCAUAAUCACAAAAGGCCAGAAGCAACUGCACUGUUUUUAAGCGCCCUGCAAAACGACGUGUUAAAUCCUAUACAAAUAGAUUCAGCGCCUGAAUCCAUUGGGUUUACGGCAGAAGUUGCAAAAGAUCUUGGCAAUGAGAUUUCUAAUCUCAGUCCUCUCGUCAAAAGUCUUACGGAGAAAGUUUCCAUGAACCAGCCACCGGACCUCGAAGAAUCGGCGGGUACUGGUCUUCUUGGAAACGCUGAGGAUGGUGACCUGGUAGCCUCAGACUUCAUGAAGGGAACCAAAAAGGUCGUGGAAAUUUUGCAGACAUCAAAAAGCAUACAUUUUCGACCUGAUCAACAGAUAUUGGCCGCUCUCCGCGAAAGGAUGGCAGUCGACCAUUUGAAUGAAGCCCUCGUCAAAUUUCUUAUCAUCCUUGAAAGGCACAACCUCGCUUCUCCCAAGUGGCUCGAAAAUCUAUUGAAAAAGAAAGAAGGAGUUGAAAUCAUAUUCAACUACCUCGCGCGCAGGUUUCCAGGGCUGAGAGAUAAUAUUGACAUCCCUAACGCAUAUUUGAUCCCGGACUUCAAGAAAGCCGUUCAAGAAAGCCUUUUCACUGCAGAGCUCCAGGGGCUCUUCAAACACUUCGGUGGUAGCGGAAUUCGACGGACUCACAUCACGAUCAGCGAUAUCAGCAAGUCAUCCGGGAAGAUCAGCAUAUCAUCGCCUCCGAUCAUGGAGAUCUUGUCCUUGAAAAUUUUACACAGUAUGGUGCGAUUCUUGGGUCGAUAUCACAUCCACUGGGGCUGGUGGGCGGAUGUGGAGGUGAAGAUUCCAGAUUCUAGCUGGAGCACCAAGGAUGCUGAACGGUUCCGACAGCUUGAUAACCUAAUCAUGCUGCUCUCUGAUCAAAUCAAAUCAGUCUAUUUCGAGUAUGGCCAGUCCACGCAAAAAAUAAUCUCGUUCUGGCAUCUCGAUAACUCUAUCGCAAUGGUUCACUUGUCGGAUAUCAACAAGAGCGCUCAGCCUGCGAAAUACGAACUAGUCGCUGAAAAAAUCGCCCAUUAUCAAAAAUAUCCUCUGCUUCCCUAUUUCAAACCGAUGAUAGAAAACGUUGUUAAUGGUCUCAGGGCCACUGAAAACCGCGAGGCACGUGUACGGGUCGAUGAACUGAAACUAAUUUUUUUUAAACCUGAGAAACUUUACACUGUGACAUGA